ACGGUCGCAGAUUAAUUAGGAUCGAGUGGUGAUGUGAUGUCAAACAUAGACUAGAAUUUUGUAUAUGUUCUAGCCUAUAUAAUAAAGUUCUCUGUUGCAAACAUUAUUGAUGGUGAAUGAGGGAGUAAACAUGGAAAAAGAAGACCAAACGACAUCGGACUCCAUACCCAUCCUCACACCAUAUAACAUGAAAAUAUUCCAUCUUUCUCAUAGGGUUGUUUUGGCACCUUUAUCGAGGCUAAGAUCCUACAAUUUUACCCCACAGCCACAUGCCAUUUUGUACUAUAAACAAAGAACCACAAAAGGUGGUUUUCUAAUCAGUGAAGCAUCUGGGAUUUCAGAAACUGCUCAAGGUUUGCCAAAUACACCUGGAAUUUGGAAGAAAGAGCAUGUAGAAGCAUGGAAACCAAUAGUAAAUGGUGUCCACGAAAAUGGAGGAAUCUUCUUUUGUCAAUUGUGGCAUUCUGGUAGAGUGUCUAAUAAUUUUUAUCAGCCAAACGGCCAGCCUCCAAUCUCGAGCACUGACAAGCCAAUUCUAAAGCAGCAAUACAUUGGUGGUCAUGGAGAAAAUGAUGCUCAAUAUUCAACUCCACACAGAUUAACCAUCGAUGAAAUAUCUCGAGUCGUUGACGACUUUCGAAUGGCUGCAAGAAAUGCAAUGGAAGCAGGUUUUGAUGGGGUCGAGAUUCAUGGAGCAAACGGAUACUUGGUUGACCAGUUCAUGAAAGACCAAGUAAACGACCGGACCGAUCAAUACGGAGGAAGUCUACAAAACCGUUGUCGUUUUCCACUCGAAGUCGUGGAAGCAAUAUCAAACGAAAUAGGAGCUGAGAGAGUAGGAAUGAGGUUGUCUCCGUUUGCCAACUACAACGAUUCAAGCGACUCGGAUCCUCACUCACUUGGCACUUUUAUGGCCGAGUCACUGAGUCAACUCGGGAUCGCUUAUUGUCACGUGAUCCAGCCACGAAUGGUGACUCAGUUUGAGCGAGUGGAAACUCGUGAUAGUUUGGUUGAGAUGAGAAAAACGUUUAAAGGUACUUUUAUGGUCGCGGGUGGGUACUAUGAUCGAGAUGAAGCGAGUCGUGUGAUUGAAAAACGGGAAGCGGAUCUUGUAGCAUUUGGGCGUGCGUUUUUGGCGAAUCCAGAUUUGCCUCGCAGGUUUAGGCUGAAUGCACCAUUAAACGAGUAUGAUAGAAGUACAUUUUAUACGGAUGAUCCCGUUGUUGGAUACACGGAUUACCCAUUGCUUGAUGAUUAAUCAAUUUAGGCAUAUAUGUAUUAAUAUAAUAGAUAAAAGUAAGAUGUGUCCUUAAUAUAUAUGUUCUGGAUCUUUCGCUAGCUGAUUUUGUGUACAUACAAAAGUAAAAGUUGUUUCGUAA